GAAACGCGGUCUCUCAGAGUCUCGCAUCAUCCUCAGUGUUUCCUCUCUGAUGUGUUGUGUGUAAAUGUGGAUCUGUAAGGAUGAAGACUGAGGACGUUUGGAGUCUCCGUCAGACACGCUGCUCUUUAAUGUUCACGAGGAACUGAAGAAACACUCCAGCAGGAACUAAACACACUUCUUCGUCAUGGAUCUUUCAUUCAUGGCCGCUCAGCUGCCAGUGAUGAGCGGUGCGUUCAUGGAUGCGUCUCCUCUGGACGACUGCAGCACGGAGCACUCGCUCUUCAACUCAUCCGCCAGUGUAAACGCAGGAGCCGCAGUUUCAGCCCCAGCCCAGCAGGAGGAGCAGCACCGAGUGUCUAGUGACGCUGUGUGGCUGUGGAUCGCCAUCAUCGCCACUAUCGGGAACAUUGUGGUCGUCGGCGUCGUGUACGCUUUCACUUUCUAAAGACGAAGCAUCGGAUGCACUUCGAAUACAUACAAUUGAGGUCAAAAUUAUUUGCACUCCUGUGAUUUUAUUUU